UUCCAAGGGCGUGUCACUGCCGUCGAUUCAUGCCUCAAAAAGUGGCUUGAGGCUGUUACUUCCAUUUCGGAAGCCAAGCGGGCCAAGGGAUCAAAGAAAACGCCAAUGCGAGUGGAGUGGACAACAAACUGCUCAGAAAACUGGGUUUUCUAUAGCGUGGUGGAGCUGUUAGUACGCACUAUUUUAGAUGACAGUGGUUAGGCCAAGCGUAUCUGUUUGCUGUCCAACUGGUCUUUGCUUCCCUCCUAUUACUCACUCACCUCCGACACCAGCAACCUGCCUCUACAACCGUCCAGCCCCUAUCCAGCCUCAACUCACCAGCAGCACACAAAGACCUCACAGCCAAGACAGGAAUAAAGCCCACAAAAGAAGAAACCGCAAAAAUAAUCAAACCACGAAUUGUCCCCAUCAACCAUGGUUAUACAUCUCUGGGCCAGGGGCUCGAACCCAAUGCACGCAAGCAGUGGUUCCGCUUUCAAGCGCAACAACAACGCCCAUUGGCCAAAAAUGUAGCCGGUCCAGGGGAACAUCCGCCCCGACCAAUAGCAAAACAUCGCCUACAAAAUCCAUGCACAGUCAGCGGCUAUUGGGCGAGGCUGAACCGUGGGUCCACAGCUUGGAAUUCUCAGAAUGGCAACGCAGCUGCUCCUUGGCAGGGCAGCACACGUUUGAGGGCGUCGCCCUGUGCGCCCUGUUCCUGGCGACCCAGCAUGUUGCUGCCGAGAAUUCCAUGGGCGGUGUCCUUCCAACGGGGUCAAAGAAUUUUCUUUCACGAGGGUCUGUUGUUCUGCUUGUGGGUGGGGAGGAAGUAGAUCUGGACACAUUUAGCGUCGUUUGUAUAUCCCAGAAAGAUAUUGCUCCCUCCACAUUCUGUGUGUGUUUGGUUGACGUCCACGGGUAUUCAAACUGGAUUGGCGCUCGAGGCGAACCGAUCCUGCUUGCGAGGCGCACACUUUGCAAUUGAGUUUAGCCAUGGAGUUUGUGGCCAGGAUUAAUGGCCGGCAGGAAAACUUGAGGUGUGGCGAAGAGUAAACCGCUGCGAGUUGGAUGGCACUAGGCUAGUGUCUUGCCUGUUGCAACUGAUGGACUAGCGUAAACUGGGCUAGACGUCUAGACUCGGCGAUUACGCAGUAUGGUGCACACUACUAUCGAGAGUCAUUGGUAUACUGAUCAUAUACCUUAGGUCAGUCGUCAUGAGAUAGUCGGAAACCUGAUUCUCUGCCUCUCACUCUAUGGAUAUACAAGCUUAAACUUCCGCUGUGGCAAGAUGAGCUUCAGCAUAUUGCCUCAUGUAGAAACCUGGAGUGAGCUGUGCAGCUUGAAUUGACUUUGGAAGGUGAGCAGGCCCGGAUGAGGGAAUCUGGUUCCGAGUGUGUCCGGUCGGGGCAUGUUUCAGUGGCCACUGCGAGGUUUGAGAAAGGCUGUUAUUCAGCGGAUGAGAUAUUUAUGGCGAGACUAGGCAGAAGUUAGAGGUCACUGCUAUCAUGAAUCGGGUGGUU